AUGCCGCUAGUGCCGCAGGACGUAAGAGGAGUGAGUACCCGUGCUAUGUCAGAAGCGCAGCGUGUGAGGGAAGAGGGUGCUGCAGCUCAGACCAGCGAUGCAGAAGCCAAGCCUGUGCAGAUGGAUCUUCUGCUACAGCUGCGGCAAAUGAUGGCAGAACAGCUGCGUGAGCUGAAAGAAGAUCAAGCGCGCCGCCAAGAAGAGCAAGCACGCUGUCAGGCAGAACAGCUGCGGGAGCUGAAAGAAGAUCAAGCGCGCCGCCAAGAAGAGCAAGCGCGCCGCCAAGAAGAGCAAGCGCGCCGCCAAGAAGAGCAAGCGCGCCGCCAAGAAGAGCAAGCACGCUGUCAGUCAGAACAGCUGCGGGAGCUGAAAGAAGAUCAAGCUCGUCGCCAAGAGGAGCAAGCGCGUCGCUUGGAGGACAUACAUAAAGAUUUCACGAAGGGACUGCAAAAGGCUGUCGAACGGGUACAAGAAGUGGAGGAAGGGUUAGGCAAGUUGAAACUUCGCGUCAUGGCGAUAGAGGAGAGACUGGAAGAAGAGAUCUCCAAAAUCAAGCAGGAAGUGACAAACCCAAGCCCUUUGAAGAGCCGAAGCCGUCUUGCAGCCGUUUUUGACGCCCCAAAUGCGGCCUUAAGCGCAACGAAAGGGCUCAAGAUUCCCCAUUACGACGGAACAACAUCCUGGACUGCGUUCAAGCUACAGUUUGAGACACUUAUGGAGGCUUAUGGUUGGACUCAGAAGGAAGCACAGUCAGCCCUUACCCUGGCCCUCCGUGAUCAAGCGCUCUCAGUGCUGGAAGCUAUCGGCGCAAGUGGGGAUCUCAGCUUUAGUGCCCUCCUUGACGCACUUGAAGCACGUUUUGGAGACAGCCACCUCGAGCACGUGUACAGAGCGCAAUUAAAAGAGCGUACUCAGCGUGCUAAUGAGAGCCUACAGCAAUGGUCCGUGGAAAUCGAGAAACUUGUACGUCGAGCUUUCCGGUCGACUCCGUCAAUGAUUGAAGGCACGCUUCUCCAAGCGUUCAUUGACGGUAUUCGGGACCCAGAAGUACGAGCUGCUGUUCAUCUGGGCCAUCACAAGAUCAUGAAAGAAGCUCUGGCCCAUGCAUUGGAAGUGGAAGCCGUGCGUGGCAACUCCCGUACCUUACGUCUGCGGGAAAUGACGACAACGGAGCAGGUACCUCCACGCCGUCGGAACUUCAUGUGCUAUGGAUGUGGAGAGCGUGGGCACAUACGGAGCGACUGCCCGAAGAAGAUGAACCGCAAGGACGCGGCGGUCUCAACUUCUGACCAGCAGGGAAACUUAAAUCCAGCCAGGGCUGCGGGGUGGGCGCCGGCUGGUAGUGGAACAACCCCAACAAUCUACAUCAAGCAAACCAACGAUGGAAAUACUCUGGUGAUAGACGGUCAAAAUUCCUUAAUAAUGUCCUUAUUAAUACGCACCGAUGUAACUGCUGUAAAGUUUUACAAGAAAUUUGUGUUAGCCGGCAUUGGAAAUACUAUUAAUAUAUUCGACAAGGAAUCUGCCAAGUUACUACAGCGUUUGAUUGGUUUAAACGGUCAGAAAAUAUAUGGAUUCGUACCUUCGCAUUGUGGCACCAAAAUACUUGUGUUUGGUGGUAAACAGUUCACAGUACUUGCGUUAGUGAGUUCUGAAGAAUGUGAUGAGGGAAAUGAAGUGUUUUGUAGAAUGUUUAAGCCUGUAGUUUGCGAUGAUUGGCUCCAUUCUGCUGUUUGGGUGAAUAAUGAUGUUGUAGCACUGUUAACAGCUCACAAUGUGGUUCAGAAUUGGAAUACUGUCACUCAAACAUUAAUAUCAAAGCAGCCUAGCCACAAUAACUCAAUACUGUACAGCGGACUGUUGCUUGCGCUGCAAGAUGAUGUCCUGGUGAUGGCAGGCACUGUGUUCUCUGAGGUCAUCAUACAUAGAGCUAGCAGGGAUGAGGCGCUACACCAUUUAAGAGGACAUAAGGGUGUAAUAUUCUCAAUAUCAUACGAACCUCAUAGGCACACAAUAGUUACCACAUCAGAUGACAGGUCAGUGAGGAUAUGGGGUCCAAACAUACCACCAACACUUGCAUAUGAUACUGCAGAACAUUGGGAAAGCAUAGAAAUACUUUGCAAACAUGAGGUCUAUGGGCAUUUAGCAAGAGUCAUGAGGAGUUGUAUAACAUAUGACCUGAUAGUGUCAGUAGGUGAAGACUCUGCAAUAUGUUACUGGGAUUAUAAAGGGAAGUUAUUAAAAAAGUCUCUCACACAUCAAAAUGGCUGUAUAUGGUCUGUAGACAGUGAUUGCACCAGUUUAGUCACUGGAGGCGGUGACAGCGGAGUUAUUUUACACCCUCUCACCAUAGCCACUGAUUACUGUCGUGAAGAUAUUAUUGAUAUCGGAGUUGACACUCCCAAAAAGAUUUUAUUUACUGCUAGAAACAACUUAGUUGUAAUGAAUGAAGCUAACUUGAUCUACUAUGAUGCUACAAAUAAGAAUAAAACUGAACAUAAAUUGAAUCAUGAAUCUACUUACAAAUUGCUUGCUUUAUCGUCUUGCAAGCAACUUAUUGCUGUAGCAGACAUGGCUGGCAAACUACACGUGUUUGUAGAAAAAUGUAAAGAUGAGGCAUUUUUACUAAAUAUUGUUGAUACUAAACUAGAAAUAGGCAAGAUUUUGUCCAUGCAUUGGGCGGGAAACAGGCAUCUAGUACUUUGUUCUGGAGAUGGCGAUAUAACUGUUCUAGCUUCUAAUAAUACAAGUGUAGAAGUUUAUGGUAAUUUUGUUCUACCAAACUGCAAAGAAAGAUGGCUCACAGCCUCUGCAGUAAAACCUGAGAACAAUAGAUUUGUUUUUGGAGAUAGAUGCGGUAAUAUACAUAUUUUCGUCAAAGGUCAGAACAACCCAGUGAAGACCUUUCAUAAGGUACACGGAAGAUAUGGACCGACUUCCAUUAAUGUGAAAAAUAAUAAGAUCAUUUCUACUGGAAGAGAUGGGACCAUCAAAUUUUUCAGUUUAAAUGGUGAUAUGGUAAAACAUAUGAGCAGCAAAGACUUAGCUUUUGAAUGGGUCGAGAAAUUCUUAGAUAAAGACGAGAAUAUUAUUUGUGGGUUUCAAGAAAGAGUUUUCGUGGUAUACAAUGUUAAAGAAAAUAGUAAAAUGUUGGAAGUAGCGUGUGGAGGUGGGCACAGGUCCUGGGAUGCAGUCAGAUACUUCGAGAAAUUGAAUGAUAACUAUGAAGAAUUCAUAAAGCUUAUUUAUUUGAAAAAUUCAGAUAUCAAUGUUGUAACAUUCCAACUUAGUAAAAUAGUUUCGCGAAAUAUUAUAAAUGGAUCUCAUGCUAAAGAAAUUAAUUGUUUGAAAUCACAUAGAGUUGGUGAUGCUACAGUUUACAUUUCUGGUGGAGAAGACACAACACUAAGAAUAUCCAGUGUUGAUGCAGAAAUGAAAUUUAAAGAUGAAGCUAGCUUCAAACAUUUGUCUAGUGUAAGAACUUUAACAACGUUUCCCUUAAAUGAAAACCAUUUCUUAGUUCUAUCGGCUGGAGGAAGAGCACAGCUAUGCAUUAAAGAUAUAAAAUUAACCCAAGAAAAUAAUAAAAUCAAUGUAACAUCAGAAGAAUUAGUAGAUUACUUAAUAAGGGGCACAGAUAAAGAAAGGAAAGGGAAUCAGACAUGGAGGAAUUGCUCCAUUGAUUUUGAUCCUGAAAUGAGAAUCAUGGACAUAGAUUUGAUAAAAGAUAAAGACAGACUUAUCAUCUUUGCUGGUUGCUCAGAUUCCUAUGUAAGAGUUUUCUCGUUUAAAGAAGACAGUAAAAAGGUAGAGAUUAUCAAAGAAGCGAAAUAUCACAAGACAUGUAUUUUAAAAACGAAAUGUAUUAAAAUUCUUAACAGAGACAUCUUAAUAACGUGUACUACAAGAAGUGAAGUGACAUUAUGGGAUGUAACUGACAUUACAGAUGAAAAUUUGGAACCAUUUUUCAGUACGAAAACUAAUAAAUCAGGUAUAAAUAGUAUUGCUACCGCCAAUGUGUCUGAAGACAAGGUUCUUAUAGCUACUGGGGGCGACGAUAAUGCUAUACAUAUAAUCGUUAUAGAAAUCACUAUCCAAAAUAAUGUGACCUCUGCAAAAGUACUACAUGCUUGGUCCAGUGCAAACAACCACAGCUCACAGAUAACUGGACUCAUUUUAGUUGACGACUAUCUGAUUUCUACGUCAAUAGAUCAGAGGAUAACAUUGUUUCGAUGGAAAUUCGAUAAAGAGAGGAUAGACUGCAAGUUUUUGUCGCAGUCUCAUACGAUGGUCAGCGAUGUACAAGGCAUGGACCUUUUGGAUCAUAGUUGCGAAUCCAUAACAGUAUGUGUGUAUGGAAAGGGGAUGGAGGUCGUAGCUGUGCCGAAGAUGCCAGAGUAAUCCUACUUGCUAAUAGUUGCAAGCUAGAACCACGUGAGAAGAAGUGACAAACCUAUAAGGUAAGAAAAUU